AUGACCACAACUCCUCGGCAUUCCGAGGGUUCCAAAGAGGAACCAAUACAAACCAACAAAGACGCUGACGGGGAUUCCAAGCGCGACCCUCAGGCGCCGACUUCGCUGAUUAAGAUCACUGGUUCCGGAAAGAAGAGCAACAACACUCACCUUCUAGUGCACGGCAUUUCUGGGCGACAUAUUGAGAAUCAUUCGGAGACAGAACCGAGAGAUGCUCAACGGCCCGAGCCAACAACAGCAUCGACAGACUCUGAACAAACGAUCCAAGGAUCUCAACAACAACAACAACAACAACAACAACAACAACAACAACAACAACAACAACAACAACAACAACAACAGCCCCAUUCUCAUCUGUCAAAGGGGCACGACGUUGUGGUUACGAGCAUUUCUACACCAAGCUCAGCCACGCCUUUCUUGCCAUCCGGACUCGCCCAACCUACGACUCAACAACACUCAGUGCAAAGCCCAAACCUUUACGACCUAACUUUGAUGCUCUCUUCCGAGCCUGGGCUGGAUGCAUGGUGGAAUUCGGUUGUCCAGAUCAUGUCCCAGUCUCAAAAGACGAAGGAAGGGAGGAAACAGCAGAGUACCCAACGUCAGGACUUCCGCAUCGACCCUGUUUAUCCGCAAGUAGCAAAUCAGGCUUUCAGGCAACGUCUUCAGAUCAAAGUUCCGGGAAACAAGAUGGGGCGCACUCGUGGGAAAGUCUUCAGCACUCUUCAGCCGCUUGACUACGAGUCCGACCCUUUAAUAGAUCACAAUGGUGUUCUGCGCAUCUUGGAACGUGGACGCGCUGUGGCCUUGACCAGAACGUACCCCUAUCCCAAUCAAGAGCCUGCCCAAGCCAAGUCAUCCGACUCUCGACCUGCAUCUGCACCAAAGCCAGCUGAGAUGGUCAGGAAGAAGUCGAAACGGUUACGAUCGGAAUCUCUUUCUGGCAAAUUAUCCUCCUUCCUCAGCAGCGCCACUCCAUCCCCUGGGUCAUCAAAUCGGCCAUCUUCUUCCAGGUCUCUGAGACCCUGCGAAGGGAGAAGCACGUUUGCUUCCCGUCUUGGAGAAGAAUCACCGCCAGCGGUACCGACGCCAAAGUAUGAGGAAUACGAGCAGGCGCCGCCGUCCCCUUGGUCUCAAUCACCAGCCCCUUCUCCCGCGGUGCGACCCGAACCCGCUGAGAACCCUUUUUUUACUGAUGCAAUGGUCGAUGAAGACACCUUCAAUCCAGCUUCGGCUUCUCCAGACUACUCAAAGAUGGUUCCCCCAGAGGCUAUCGGCAUUGACCACAACACUUGGACUGUGUUGCACAUUCCUUUAACACAUGUGCUGUUGUCCAAACCGAACCCAUCGUUCAGGCUGAACCCCAAACUGAUGGAGCAGAAGCUGGCGAGGAAAUCGGGAAGUGUUCCUACUUCCAUCUCGACAGAGCCAUCCCCUGGGAGACCACCGAAGGAAAAGCAGGCUCCGAUUGCCAUCAUCUCCAUCCUCAGUCCCUUGAUUCCUUACCCUUCCCACUUGCGCCAUUCACUGGAGCAUCUCUCUCCUCACUUGGCGACAACAUUCUCCCUUGCCCGUCACUACACUAAUCUCGAGACAGAACUCAUUGGUUUGCAAAAACGCAGACCACAAGCCUCCGGAUUUAGAACUCUCGAACCGGAUGGUCGACCCCUAAGUGACCCUAAUGCGGCCUUGACGUUUUUGGCUGAGCGCAACCUCGCCGUCGAGGAGGAAGGCACACCAAGGGACUCGAUUGCAGGCAGCACAACUAGCCCCAGCGACCACUCAGGGCUGUCACAUAGCGCAAUUUGCUCGCCUGUUGCGACCCCAGGGCGGGAAGCUAAAGUGGGGAGACUUCUGCUCAGUCCAUCAAGGGCUGGGGUUGAGGGAUACUUUGGCAGACCGCCGAGGAGUGUUCCUCCAGAGUUUUGUGGACAACGAGCAAGGAGAUACUCGGAUGGAUUCGAGCGGCCCCCGUCACUGGAUGCUUUGGAGUCCUCGUCUGGACAAGCCUUUCGGCAGCCUGAAGAUGUCCAGCCUGCCAUUCCUCGUCGUCUCAAGGAAAAGCUGAAGCAACCGACGGCGGAAACACCACGCCGGCACACAAAGCUUCAUUCAUGCGGCGCCGACUUCUCAUCAACUUUUCAAUCUCUCCCUUCAAUUUCUACCAUGUUCUCUUUUCAGCCAACAGGAGCACCAUCCUCUUCUACGACUUCCCGCCAAGCCGACCUGACACCCCCAUCUGACAAACUCAAAAGCCUUAUUCUCGACUUUCUUCCGGUCCACGUCUUCGUCGCCCUCCCCCAAACAGGCGAAAUUGUUUGGGUCAACAGCCGCUUCCUGUCCUACCGCGGUCUGACCUCCGCCCAACUCGCCCUCGACCCCUGGGGCAGCAUACAUCCCGACGAUCGAGAUGAAUAUCUGAGGGCGUGGAACCAUUCUGUACGUACUGGCGAGCAGUUCUCACGUACGGUGAGGAUUCGCCGGUUUGAUGGUGCAUACCGCUGGUUUUAUGCCAGAGCCGUGGCGUCAAGGGAUAAAAGGGGGGUCAUUAUGCAGUUCUUGGGGAGUUACAUGGACAUUCAUGAUCAGCAUAUCGCGGAGCUGAGGGCGGCUAGGCAAGAGGAGAUUGAGGCGAGUGAGGCAAAGCAUCGGCUCUUGGCGAAUCUGAUUCCACAGAUUAUUUUCACUGCGACAGAGGAUGAAGGGGUCACGUUUGCUAAUGAGCAAUGGCUAUCAUAUACGGGACAGAGUUUUCAGGAUUCGCUUGGGCUUGGGUUCAUGGAUUUCGUGCAUCCCGACGAUUUGGCAAAGUGUAAACUUCCGGCGGUCAUUCGGAAGGGAAAGAAGAAAGGGGAUCAAGAGGGCGAGGAUGACGAAGCCUCGACUCCCGAGCUGGCGUCACCAAGCCUGACGGAACUCACAAAAAAGGGUGUCAUACGCGUUUCGAGAGACAGCAGUGGGCGGCUGUCGUACACGACAGAGAUACGGCUGCGAGCCAAGUCCGGCGAGUACCGAUGGCACCUCGUACGGUGUGUUGAGAUUGACAACGUCGACUUCGGCAAUGGGGUCAGCUCAUAUUUUGGCUCGGCAACGGACAUCAACGACCUGAAGCUGCUCGAAACAAAACUCAAGGAAGCUAUGGACUCCAAGAGUCGCUUCCUCAGCAACAUGUCGCAUGAAAUCCGCACGCCUCUCAUCGGCAUCUCGGGCAUGGUCAGCUUCCUGCAGGACACCACGCUGAAUGAAGAGCAGCGUGACUACACCAACACGAUCCAGACCAGUGCUAGCAGCUUGCUGAUGAUCAUCAACGACAUUCUCGAUCUGUCCAAGGUCGACGCGGGCAUGAUGAAGCUGACCUACGAGUGGUUCCAUACGCGCUCGCUGAUCGAGGAUGUUAAUGACCUUGUGUCCACGAUGGCUGUCGCGAAGCGUCUCGAGCUCAACUAUGUCGUCGAGGAGGACGUGCCUGACUGGGUCAAGGGCGACCGCGUGCGCAUUAGACAGGUGCUGCUUAAUGUGAUCGGCAACGCCAUCAAGUUCACCAAUAAGGGAGAAGUGUUCAGCCGGUGCCGUGUGUUUGUCCCCUCGCGAGAGGAUAACGUGCGGCUGCACCCAAACGAGAUCAUGCUGGAGUUCUCGGUCAUCGAUACCGGGCGCGGAUUUACCAAAGCUGAAGCCGAGCUCAUCUUCAAGCCGUUCAGUCAGAUUGAUGGGAGCAGCACGCGUCAACAUGGCGGUAGCGGCUUGGGGCUGGUUAUCUCACGUCAACUGGUUGAGCUGCACGGCGGCAAGAUGGAGGGCACCGCGGUGCCAGGUAAGGGGUCGACUUUCACCUUCACUGCCAAGUUUGGCCUGCCAACAGAGACGGACCACCCCGAUGAGGAGGCUCUGAUGCCGCAGCCCACGUCAGCUACCACACCAGGGGAGACGCCAAUGCCCCAAUCUCCGGUCGAACUUGUGGAUGUUUACCAUGCUGUUGCGACGGCGGUUGAUCAGGCCGUCGCCAUGUCCCCUGAAAUGAUGUCGUGUAGUGCGAGCUCAGAGCUGUCGGGGUCGGGAUCCUGUUCGUCGUCGUCGGUACCGACCGUUGCGACUACAGGUCGGUCGUCUGUUUCUACUGCACCAUACCCAGCGGCUGUUAAUGCAGCUAGUUUGGCAGGGUUAAGCCAGGCGGAGAAGGCCAGCGGUCAGGAGCUCUCUGGGAUGAAGCUCCAGAUUCCUCGGCCACAGGCACAACAAGGGACUACCGAGGGCGGCAAGGCUGUUGUUGGCCAUACUCUUCCCUCUCGUUACUCCAUUUUAAUCAUAUGUCCACAAACCCACAGCCGCGAGGCGACUGUAAAACACAUUGAGAUGACGCUCCCGAAAGGGGUACCACAUCAGAUCACGGCUGUUGGCUCGGUCGACGAAGCGGAAAAGCUUCUCGAGACAGGGAAAGGGAAAGGCCCGCAGUACACACACAUUGUCAUCAAUCUGCCAUCGCCGGAGGAGAUCUUAGCCCUAAUGGACAUUGUUGCUCGCGUGGAAGAUGAAACCGACGACGCCAACAAAGCCUUCAUUCUCAUUCUUUCCGACUCCGUCCAGCGCCAGGCAGUCGCCAAACUCGCGAUCGGCACCCGUCACGAAGCAGCCCUCCUCUCUUAUGCCACUCCCUCCGCCAUACCCGCUAACCAACUCUCACAACCACCCCACCGAGUAACCUACAUCUACAAGCCUGUCAAGCCCGCCCGUUUCGCAGCGGUCUUCGACCCCGGUCCGACCAGCACGGAGCACGCGCGCUUCUACGACCACACAAAAUCCACAGCCCAGCGGCUGGUCGAGGACCAGCGGCAGAGCUAUGUCGACAUGGAGCGGCGGCUUGGUGGGAAGGGCUAUCGGGUCUUACUGGUCGAAGACAACCCGGUCAACCAGAAGGUGCUGAGCAAGUAUUUGAAGAGGGUUGGUGUGGAAGUUGAGGUCGCAAGCGACGGAGAGGAGUGUAUGCAGUUGGUGCUGGGGAAAGGAUGGGGGUAUUACUCGUUGAUUUUGUGCGACCUUCAUAUGCCGCGCAAGGAUGGGUAUCAAGCCUGUCGUGAGAUCAGAGCCUGGGAGGCUAAGAUGCGCCAGGAGCAAGAGCAGCAACAUGCUGCUCAAGCCCAGCAGUCUGGUGAUGAUACCCAACACUGCACACCCCCUGAAACGACCGCUGUCAAGCCAGCUCCGUCCUUAGAAUCGAAACAACCACAAUCCUCUAAAUCCCGCGAACUCCCUAUCAUUGCCCUUUCAGCCAACGUCAUGUCCGACGUGCAUGACAAGUGCGUCGCGGCCGGUUUCAGCGACUACAUUACCAAGCCAGUAGACUUCAUCGACCUUAGCAGGGCGUUGGCGAAGUUCUUCUGA